UGGCAGCCAUGGCUCCGCGGGUCUGGCGUCGGCGUACCCUGGAGCGGUGUCUGAGGGAGGUCGGUCAAGCCACUGGCCGGCCCGAGUGCUUCCUUACGAUUCAAGAUGGAUUGGCAUCAAAAUUUACUUCUUUAACAAAAGUACUUUAUGACUUUAAUAAAAUACUAGAGAAUGGUAGGAUCCAUGGGAGUCCUUUACAGAAACUUAUGAUAGACAAUUUUGAUGAUGAACAAAUGAGUGUUCAUGAUGAUGAACUGGGUUCAAACAAAGAUGAGGAAGAACUUGCUGAUGAAGAAACAGAACUCAGCAUUUCUGAAACGGAUGAGGAUAAUGACCUUGAAGAAAAUGAAGAUGGUAAGCGACAUAAAGAAAGUUUGAAAAGAGUGACCUUUGCUUUGCCGCCUUUAGCACCUGUGAUAACGGAGGAAACCACCCUUCAGCUAGAAGAUAUCAUUAAACAAAGGAUAAGAGAUCAGGCUUGGGAUGAUGUCGUACGUAAAGAGAAACCUAAAGAGGAUGCGUAUGAGUAUAAAAAGCGUCUAACCUUAGACCACGAGAAGAGUAAAUUGAGCCUUGCUGAAAUUUACGAACAGGAAUACCUCAAACUCAACCAGCAAAAAACAGAAGAAGAAGAAAAUCCAGAGCAUGUAGAAAUUCAGAAGAUGAUGGAUUCCCUCUUCUUAAAAUUGGACGCCCUCUCAAACUUCCACUUCAUCCCUAAACCCCCCGUACCAGAGAUUAAGGUUAUGUCAAAUCUACCAGCCAUCACCAUGGAGGAAGUGGCCCCCGUGAGUGUUAGCGAUGCAACUCUGCUGGCCCCGGAGGAGAUCAAGGAUGAAGGUAAAGACAAGGCUUUAAAGUCAUCUCAAGCAUUCUUUUCUAAAUUACAAGAUCAAGUAAAAAUGCAAAUCAAUGAUGCAAAGAAAACAGAAAAGAAAAAGAAGAAAAGACAAGAUAUUUCUGUUCACAAAUUAAAAUUGUAAUAUAUUUUGAAAAUAAUGUAAAUAUUAAUGCGUAAUCUUAUAUUUUUCUUCCAUUGUUUUGUUUUAUAAUAAAAUUCUUGAGAGCCUU